AUGGCGAAGCUUACGAUCCUCGCUGCUUUGUUAAUUUUGUCCUCUAAAACAGGAGUAAGUUCCAUGGGAACAACCACCAGUCCUAAGCAACAGGACCCACAAGCUGGCGCUGACAAAGACCCCUGUGAGAAAUCCGUUUUUGCUCCCGGAUUUUCUGGGACUCCAGGAUCGAAUGGCAUACCAGGAAUACCGGGAAUUCCUGGCGCUCCAGGGCCGCAAGGACAACAAGGAAAGGAUGGAGCUAAGGGGGAGCCUGGUGUCAAGGGACCGAGAGGUAUGACGGGAACAAGAGGACUAAAAGGAAAUCCAGGGUCACUUGGUAAAAAUGGUGCACCUGGAAUGAUGGGAAUAAAAGGAGAUAAAGGUCAUGAAGGAUCACGUGGCAGCAGUGGACCGCCAGGAAUCAAGGAUGUGAAAGGAGAGCAGGGAUCUAAAGGAGAGAAAGGAGAAAUCGUGAAUAGUGCAGUGUCACAGACCAACUGGAAACAGUGUGUGUGGAAAAAUGACGAUGGUAGAGAUAGUGGAAAGAUUAAGGAUUGCUCAUUCAACAAGCUGAAAUCUGACACAGCUAUUAAAGUCUCAUUCCAGGGAAAUAUGAGAGUCGCUGGCACUUCAAAGAAAUGCAACCGGUGGUUCUUCAAGUUUAAUGGAAAUGAAUGCAGUGGACCAAUGACAAUUGAGGCUGUUGUGUACAACAAUUGGUCAUCUGGGAGUCCUGAGCUGCUUCAUCACAGAUCAUUUGAGGGAUAUUGUGAAAACAUUCCACAGGGCAGUGUUACUGUGGAGUUAUGGGUAGGACAGUGUCCCAGUGGUCAUACCCUAGGUGAUGCUUACACUGGAUGCAACUAUCGAAGAAUGGCGAAGCUUCUGAUCCUCGCUGCUUUGUUAAUUUUCUCAUCCAAAACAGAAGUAAGUUCCGUGGGAACAACCACCAGUCCUCAACAACAGAAUCCGCAAGCUGGCGCUGACAAAGACCCAUGUGAGAAAUCCGUUUUUGCUCCCGGAUUUUCUGGGAUUCCAGGUUCGAAUGGCAUACCAGGAAUGCCGGGAAUUCCUGGCGCCCCAGGGCCGCAAGGACAACAAGGAAAAGAUGGAGCUAAGGGGGAGCCUGGUGUCAAGGGACCGAGAGGUAUGACGGGAACUAGAGGACAAAAGGGAAAUCCAGGGUCACUUGGUAAAAAUGGUGCACCUGGAAUGAUGGGAAUAAAAGGAGAGAAAGGUCAUGAAGGGUCACGUGGCAGCAGUGGACCGCCAGGAAUCAAGGGUGUGAAAGGAGAGCAGGGAUCUAAAGGAGAGAAAGGAGAAAUCGUGAAUAGUGCAGUGUCACAGACCAACUGGAAACAGUGUGUGUGGAAAAAUCUGAAUGAUGAUAGAGAUAGUGGAAAGAUUAAGGAUUGCUCAAUCAACAAGCUACAUUCUGAUACAGCUAUUAAAGUCUCAUUCCAGGGAAAUAUGAGAGUAAGAGGCACUCCAAAUCGCUGCAAUCGGUGGUUCUUUAAGUUUAAUGGAAAUGAAUGCAGUGGACCAAUGACAAUUGAGGCUGCUGUGUACAACUAUUGGCCAUCUGGGAAUCCUGAGCUGCUUCAUCACAGAUCAUUUGAGGGAUACUGUGAAAACAUUCCACAGGGCAGGGUUACUGUGGAGUUAUGGGAUAUAAGUAGGCACGUACAUAAGGAGAUAUUUUACAGCAACCACAAAGCAUUCGCGCGAAACAACCAUCGAAGUAUGGCGAAACUUCUGAUCCUCGCUGCUUUGUUAUUUUUCUCAUCCAAAACAGGAGCAAGUUCCAUGGGAACAACCACCAGUCCUCAACAACAGAAUCCUCAAGCUGGCGCUGACAAAGACCCAUGUGAGAAAUCCAUUUUUGCUCACGGAUUUUCUGGGAUUCCAGGAUCGAAUGGCAUACCAGGAAUGCCGGGAAUUCCUGGCGCUCCAGGGCCGCAAGGACAACAAGGAAAAGAUGGAGCCAAGGGGGAGCCUGGUGUCAAGGGACCGAGAGGUAUGACGGGAACAAGAGGACAAAAAGGAAAUCCAGGGUCACUUGGUAAAAAUGGUGCACCUGGAAUGAUGGGAAUAAAAGGAGAUAAAGGUCAUGAAGGGUCACCUGGCAGCAGUGGGCCGCCAGGAAUCAAGGGUGUGAAAGGAGAUCUGGGAUCUAAAGGAGAGAAAGGAGAAAUCGUGAAUAGUGCAGUGUCACAGACCAACUGGAAACAGUGUGUGUGGAAAACAGAUUAUGGCACAGAUAGUGGAAAGAUUAAGGAUUGCUCAUUCAACAAGCUGCAGUCUGAUACAGCUAUUAAAGUCUCAUUCCAGGGAAAUAUGAGAGUCUAUGGCACUUCAAGGAAAUGCAACCGGUGGUUCUUCAAGUUUAAUGGAAAUGAAUGCAGUGGACCAAUGACAAUUGAGGCUGCUGUGUACAACGAUUGGCCAUCUGGGAGUCCUAAUCUGCUUCAUCACAGAUCAUUUGAGGGAUACUGUGAAAACAUUCCACAGGGCAGGGUUACUGUGGAGUUAUGGGUAGGACAAUGUCACGGUGGUUAUACACUGGGUGAUGCUAAAACUGGAUGGAACUCAGUAUCCCGGAUAAUGAUAGAGGAAGUGUCUAGAGCCCAGUCCUAA